AUGGCAAAAAAAAAAGAAUUUGGAAAUGAAAAAGAAGAUGACGAAAUUGCAUUAGGAAAACUUGCCCAAUACCCUCGAGCCAUUGAACUUUCAACAAUUAGAGCAGAUUUAAAAACAUUGGAUAGAGUAUUAUCCAUUUGCGAUAAACUAUAUUCAAAAGGAAAUGACAACGAUUUACCAAAAAAUAAAUCAAUUAUUUUAAAUAAUAUUUUAACAAUCAAAGUUUUUAUUGAUGAUCUUGAAUUAACUGAUACUAUAUUUGGAUUAACAAGCAUAAAUGGAGUUGAUUCAUUUUCAUUUAUUGCUUCUGGUUUAGGUUCUUUAAAUGAUAGUUUACCGAUGUUUAUAAACGAUGAUAUUAAUUUAGAAUUUUCAUUUGAAAGACCAAUUAUUAAUAGUAUAUUACCAACAAAUGGAGAUUACAAUACAAAAGUUACAAUUAAUGGUAAUAAUUUUAGAAAAGGUCAAUCAGUAAAAAUUGGAGACAUAUUAAUAAAUGAUAUUGAAUUCAUUUCAAACCAAGAGAUUAUUGCUUCAGCACCAUUUGGAUUUAUUAGUGGACUUGUAGUUGUUCAUUCAGAUGAUCAAUACAGUUUAGAAGAAAUAUCAUUUAGUUAUCCUUCACCAAUUAUAGACCAAGUCAUUCUUUCAAAUUAUGAAUCAAAAUUAAACACAACAGGUACAAAUUAUUUCACAGUAAUAGGUAGAGGUUUAGGUACAUACAUUGCAGAACAAGUGGAUAUUAUUAUCAAUCAAGAGUUUUAUGCAAGUUGCGAAUUCGAUUUCUGUGAAAGUUUAGAAAUUAUUGAAGAUAUAGAUAUAAAAGAUCAAGGAAUUUGUCAAUAUUUAAAAUAUAAUAAUUAUCAAUAUAUCGAUGAAAACUUUGAUAUAGUAAAUUGUAUUUUAGCUGAUUCGAUUGGUAUAGAUAAAUCAAUCAGUAUCAAAAUUUCAGAAUACCAAAACCAAACUUUCACCUACUCUUAUUAUGAACCAUGGAUUGAAAAAUUAACACAAAACUCUUUAUCAACAAACACUGAUGGUGGUGAGGUUAUCGUUAUAAAUGGUUACAACUUUUUACCAUUCGAAAAUUUAAGUCCAUACUAUGAAAACAAUGAAACUAUUGCACAAUGGUUAAAUCAAUCAGAAAUAUUAAUUGGUGAAAGCUAUCUUUGUCAAUCAAUUAAUUGGACCAGUUCCUAUGAAUUAAAUUGUACAAUCCCACCAGGAAUUGGUGUUAAUCAUACAAUCAUUGUAAAAGUAGGCCUUCAAUCACCAAAUCAUACUGAUUAUUUGUAUUCUUACGAUCCACCAAAACUUGAUACAAUCAAUAAUUCCACUGGAAAUGAAACACAUUACUAUUCUUCAACAGAUGGUAACAAUGAAAUUAUAAUAACAGAAUGUCAAUAUAAUCUCAUUGAAAAUUCAUUAUCAACACACUCUAAUAAUAGUCCAUUAAGAUGUUAUAAUAAUGAAACUGAAAAUUACUUCAUUAUGAAUACUACACUUUCAUGUUCAAAAGAUGAAUCAUUAAGUCAAGAUAAUAAUACGAUUUCUUGUUUAGCAGAUACGGGUAUCAUCUGUAUCUGA